AUGACACUGCAGACCGCACAAGACCAGGAAACCGAACAAACGAUAGUACAUAACCUCUCGUCAAAACAACUUACUGUGACCCAAACAAAAGUUCUACAACGUGGAUCUGGUUUUAACACAACUGACGCCAACCCGGUCACCUUCAUUGCUUCUUUCGAAUCAGUGUUUCGUCAAACCGGCGCCACAGACGAGGUAAAGGACCUCCUUCGACAUCAAGUCUCUUCACUUCUCAUGUCGCACCGGAAAACCCAUUCCCUGCUAAGAGAUGAACAAAAAGCCCUAAGGGAGCUGAAAGCGGACACCGAAAUAGUUAUUCUGCCUGCUGACAAAGGCCGGUCAACCGUCAUCCUCGACAAGGUGGACUGCCGACGCAAAGCCCUCCUGCUCCUCAACGAUCGAGAGUCCUACAAAGUCAGCGACACCGCCAGUCUAAAGUCCCUAGUGGCAAAGGUUAACAGAAUUCUGGCUCGACUGAAAAAGGACAAGGUCAACACCGUCAAAGACUGGUAUAUGGCAAAGCCCGCAGAAACCGCUAUGGCGAGAUUCUAUGGUCUCCCAAAAGUACACAAGCCAGAUGUUCCCCUCCGUCCUAUCGUCUCACUCCGAGGCACACCCACAUACGGGCUUGCAAGCUGGCUAUUUCAGAAGCUAAGAUUCCUAACUGCAGGCUCACAAACAACGGUGCACUCAGCAGAGCAAUUCCUUGACAAAAUAAGGGCAGUCACUAUCGAACCGAAUGAAGGGUUGGUGUCUUUUGACGUCGUCUCACUCUUCACGUCCAUACCACAGGCCCUUGCGGUCGAAACGCUCAGUGACCUGCUACUUCAAAAUUACGACGGGGGGGGCGAUGGCCAGCCCACAGCUCAGGAUUUCAUAGAACUCAUGGGGCACUGCCUCAAGACAUUCUUUACCUUCGAAGGGACCACAUACGAGCAGAUCAAGGGCACUCCAAUGGGUUCACCAUUCUCCGGACUCAUUGCCGAGGCGGUUCUACAAAAGUUCGAGAGACGACUAUUCGAGGAGUACAAACCCAUAUUUUGGGCACGCUACUUUGAUGACACCUUCGUGAUCAUAGACCAGGAUAAAAUGAACUACUAUGCGGAAGUGCUGAACUCAAUCAUGCCUGACCUACAGUUCACGAUGGAAGAGGAAGUCGAGGACAAACUCCCCUUCUUGGAUGUUCCCGUCUGCCGCCAACCUAAUGGCGAACUAGCGACGUCGGUCUACAGAAAACCGACGAACACGCUGCAAAUUCUCAGCUACAACAGCAACCACCCGCCACAACACAAACGAAGCUGUGUCCGCGCGCUGUACCUACGGGCGGAAACUCAUUGCAGCACACCAGCCGCCAAACUGAAUGAGAUAAAGCUCCUCCGAGAACUUUUCAGAGCCAAUGGCUAUCCGCGGGCAUUCAUUGAACGAAGCCGGAGGCAGCCAAAGAAACGGAAUGAGGAGCAUAGUCAGCCAAACUCGUGGCGGAGCAUAUCGUACAUUAAAGGGGUCUCCGAAGUCGUGGCUCGAUCACUCGCGCCACUCGGAAUAGGUGUUGCCCACAGGCCUAACUCAACAAUCCGCCGGCAAGUGAUGCGGCCGAAAGAUCCGAUCACUAAGCAGGAGAUGUCGGCCGUUGUCUACCGACUUCAAUGCAGCUGCGGAAGUUGCAACUACGUUGGGGAAACCGGCCGACGACUGCAAACGCGAAUGCACGAGCAUAAGUUGGCCGUGCGAAGGUUGGACCCAAAUUCGGAGGUAGCAACCCAUGCCGCGCAAAUGGGACACAUCUCCAACUUUGACGCCGUUGAGAUUGUGGGCCGGGGCGGCAAUCACACAGUAAAGCAAGUGCAAGAAGCCUGGAUGUCCACCGACCGCUCUGUCAACCGCCACAUCAAUUUGCCUCCCCCUUAUCUGACUUUACGAACCUUCUUAGCGGGGGACAGUCACGGCGCGGGACAAUCGGGGCCGUCAGUCAUCACCGCGGCCGACGGGGGCGAUUCAGGUCACGGUGACAUGCGGGUUGGAUGCAGCCACACAGGCGGCAUUGGCGGUUCACGCAUUGGACAAAGGGCGCCAUAA